CACCCCAACCUUAUCUCCCCACUCCCCGAGGUUUCUGCGUAACCACCGCUGCCACGACCCACCUUGUCGCACCGCCGCGUGCGCACCACCGCCACCGCGACCGAUCUCCCCGCGCCAGCGUGUGCCACCAUCGCCACCUUGACCGACCUCCCACCCCGCCACCUCCGCACCUCCGCCGCCGCGAUCGACCUCCCCGCUCCGCCACCUGCGGACCUCCGUCGCCGAGACCGACCUUCCCCGCAGUCACCUGCAAGUCAUUGCUGCCACAUGCUGCCUAGAUGGCGCCCUCGCACGACAACAUGUCGCUGCUGUGAUUCCACCAUGGCCGCUGGUAAACCAGCAAACGGUCGUUGUCGCGUGCAGUCCGACCUUGUACGCCUACACUGUUCAACUCCUUCCUUGAGUACGUUGGCGCCGGAUGCGUGCCACCCCCAGCUAUGGAUAAGCGGCUCCCUGUCUCGCUUCCCCGCGGCCGCCGCGGGUGACUUCGACUUUGGGCAGCGGCGACGGAAAGAAGGACCCAGAUGUUUUCGUCGCAGGAAGGUUCACAGGAUGGACGGCGCACGUGAUGAGCUUGGAGUCGGGGUGGUGCUGGAGGACGCCGUGGAAUGGCACGCGCCCGACUAUUGCUUUGUCGGUGGGAACGACAACCUCACCUCUAAGCUUAAUGACGGGCGCGACGACGCGGGCUUCGUCCCGAGGAUCAGAAUGUCUUUGAAAGGCUAGUCUAUCUUGCGGAAUCGUGCGACAGUCGCUCGUGUGUGUCUCGGGCAAGUGCUCCCGAUCGAUCUAUGCGUACUCGAGUAGGUAUGUGCCAUGGAUGUGCUCUGCUGAUCAAAGUGCUUGUGCGCGUAUGGCCUCGUGCAGCAUCAGCGUUUUGUGGGGACAUUGGUUUUCUUAAUGUACAUUUUCUAGCAAA